UGCCUGGGAAGAAGAAGAAGAAGUUACGGAAGUACGGCUUCCAAACAGAUUCCCGUUGAAAGUGUAAAAUACAGCUGAUCGCCUUCUUUCCUUUAAAACCAAUCAAAUCUCGGACUAACCAUUUCACAAUAAGACGAUGGGCACUAGAGAUGACGAAUAUGACUAUUUGUUCAAAGUGGUCCUUAUCGGCGACUCGGGCGUGGGAAAGAGUAACCUGCUGUCGCGUUUCACCCGCAACGAGUUCAACCUGGAGAGUAAGAGCACCAUCGGAGUCGAGUUUGCCACGCGCAGCAUCCAGGUGGACGGCAAGACGGUGAAGGCCCAGAUCUGGGACACGGCUGGACAGGAGCGCUACCGUGCCAUCACAUCAGCGUACUACCGCGGGGCGGUGGGGGCGCUCCUGGUCUACGACAUCGCCAAGCAUCUAACUUACGAGAACGUGGAGCGUUGGCUGAAGGAGCUGAGGGAUCACGCUGACAGCAACAUCGUCAUCAUGCUGGUGGGCAACAAGAGCGACCUGCGCCACCUCCGGGCCGUUCCCACCGACGAGGCCCGGGCUUUUGCUGAGAAGAACGGUUUGUCUUUCCUGGAGACGUCGGCUCUGGACUCCACCAACGUUGAGACGGCCUUCCAGACCAUUCUCACAGAGAUCUACCGUAUUGUCUCCCAGAAGCAGAUGUCAGAGCGUCAGGAGAGCGACAUGUCCCCCAGUAACAACGUGGUCAACAUCCAGGUGCAGCCCACUGAGAACAAACCAAAGAUGCAGUGCUGUCAGAACAUCUAGCCCAGCCACGGAUCUGCUGCUACCUCCCCCCCCCCCCCCCCCUCUCCCACAGUCCACACCUCCCCCCUCCUGCCUCCCCCUCUACCCGGCUCCCGACUGUCCCCGGCUCACAACUCCUCAGCCCCUCUCCUCAGAAAAUAGACUGCCUCUGUGUACUGCGUGGUGUGUGAGGGACGAGCCACAGCUUCAGGGCUGUGACCCGAACUCUGCACCUACCUGUACCUACCUCCCCCACCCAACCCCCACCUCCCCCCCUUGCCCUAGGUAAAUAUAUCCCAGUAUAAGAAGAAGUCACCGCGUGGGGUGGCCCCCCAGGCAGAGCCCCUGUCUUUAGGUUUCUGCAGGACAGCAGGCAGCAGGCAUUUCAUAUCACUUUAGAUUUCAUUACUGUAGAUGCGCUGACAUGUCACAGAAAUGUCUUAAUAUAUGAAUGUGAUUUGUUUUCCUCUCUUUUCUUCAUACUCUGUGCUCCUGUUGAUUUCUCCACUUUUUUAUGAUCUUUCUCUGUCUUGUAUCAUAUAUCUACUCUAAGGUAUAUAUGAAUUUAAAGCACAUCGAAGUUGCUCUGAAGUGUAUUCCUAUAUACAAGCUUCUCCUGUCAUUUUAGGCACCCCCCUCUCCUCUUUAGUGCAAUGUACUGUUUUGGAUGUACGGAGCACAGUGUAGAUGCGUGUGCUCCGGUAGUGUCAGGCCAUGUGAUCUGAUUGCUGUGAAUAUGACGGUAGUGAAACAUAGAAUCUUUUGCAUUCGCCAGGCGCCAGAGUGUGAGCUUAGCAUGCGGCACGCAGCCUCGUGAGCGAUGUUGUCACCGCGGUUACAGCGGGUGGCAGGUGUGGACCAGCUUUGCAUGUCUUUAAAAGAUGGCACUCUGCUGUGCUGCAUGUGUGUGGAACACUAUCAUUGUCUAAAGGGCGAGUAACUUUAAGCUGAACGCAGCUCCUGUACAUUCGUGUUGUCCUUCUUUAAAUCUCAGUGUGGCAUCGUACGGAGAUGCUCAUGCUGAUCGAAAGACGUGUUCGUCCAUCGGGCUUUCCUGCUCCAACAUUAGGAAAAUGGUAUGCAUUCUUUUUUUUGACAUAUUUGACUACAACUAUGCAGAAACUAGCACACGGCUGUUCGGAUUUUUGUCUUAGUGCACUUCUAUAGCUAAUGAAGGAAUUUUAAAAAAAAAAAAAACAGUGAAAGUAUUCUCGUAUGACAUUCCUAUGAUACUCACUAAUAUUAUAAUUAAAAA